UAGUGGUUACAAUUAGUUAACAGAUUAAUGAUUAGAUGAUUAAAAUACCCUUUUAACUUUUUGAUUAACUAUUUGAUUAGUCAAAUAAUGUCACUCAACAAUUUAACAUUCAACUAAUCACUGAAUAUAAUUAACAAUCAAAUCUUUAAAUGAUUUUGUAAAAAUAAAUCUCAAUUCAAUGUUAUCAUUUUUAAAUGUUUCUUAAUAACAAUUAAUCAACAUCAUGAGAGUUAAUUGUCAACCCUUUAAAUUACUUAUACAAUUGUUUCUUAUAUUAUUAUCAUUAAUUGAUCACCAGCAAUUAGUUAACUGUGCUCCUAAAUCAACCACAUCAGAUAAUCAACAAACUAAAUCACAAACAAUUAAAAAAUCAGAAUCUGAUUUUGAUCCUGGAUCAAUAUUUGCUUCAUUUUUUCCAACAUUUGAAGAUGUUGCUCAAGAAUUUAAUUUCUUUGGUUUUCCAAUUCUAUCUGGACCAACAUCAAAAGCUCCUGAAUCUCAUGGUUCCAAUGAUAAUCACAAUCAAGAUCAUCAAAAUCACCCAGUGGCUAGAUUACAUGUAGUUAAUGAUGAAAUCCCAAACGCAACUCAUCUUGCAGCAAAAGAUAUCAAAGGGGCAUUGGCUGAAUUGCACAUGAGUCCAGACAUUACACUUCAUAAGCACACAGCUAAAGUUAUCGGACGAGGACAUUUAAUGAAGGAAAGUGAUGGAUCAACACACUUUGUCCAAGAUUACAAUCAGUUUCCAUUCCCAAUGAUGUCCUUUCACCAUCCAGUCCAUAGACACUUAUUAAUUUUACAUGGUAACAUGGCUCAUCAUGAUAAUAAAACUCACCAUGAACCAGCUAAAGGUGGUCAUAAUAGUAAACCAGAAGAGUGGACAUUGGAUCAUAUGUUAAGUUUCAUUAAAUCAAAGAGACCAUUACAAUUACAUGAUACCAGUAUACCUCAUGAUGAUCUUAUCAAUUCACAUUCAGAGAUGAAUAAAAAAUGGACACAACAAGAGGUUUAUGCAUUGAUACAUUUACUGGAGAAACUAUUUAAGAGUAAAGAAAUGGUCGAAGGUGAUUUUAGUUGGGAUAAUUUUGUUCGUAAUGCUUUACCUUGGCCUGGACCAUUAGCAUCUAAAUGGCAAUCUCUAUGUUUAGAGCCUGGAUUAACACUUCAACAAUUACAAUCUCAAAUUUGUAAUCCAAUUGAACCUAAAGAUAAACAGAAUUGGUGCCCACCAAGUUGUACGACAAGAUCAGUAGAAACUGGUCAUUCUAGUGAUGGUCAAGCGGCUAUUGAUUCAGCCAAGUUAUCAUCUCUAUCAAAUGAACUGAAAAUAGAGUCACCAAAGGUUUCCAAAAGUGGCCAAGGUAGAUUGAUUACCAGAAUUAAGGAAUCACCAGGGGAACAAUUUAAACAACAGUAUUCAACUUUGACCACAAGAUCGACAUUGGUACCAGAGAAAUCGGAUUAUCUGUUCGAUAUCGAUGGUUCAUCAGAUUCUUCGCAAUCGGAUGAAGUUGAAUCAAUUGAAGCUUUAGAAAAUAGUGAUGGACCUAAUGAUGGAAUGACAACACCGACAACUAUUUUCGAUGAUACUGAUUAUCCCUCUUCUCAGAAUAAUAAGGAUAAAUCAUCUCUCCCUGGUUCUAAUGAACAAUCAGGUAAGAAGAUGGCCACAGUCUCUUCACUGGAUCGAGAAUUAGAUUCGAAAUCUUCUGAUUCAGAUUCAGAUUCUGAUUCGCUGUUCAUUCAACCCGUUAUUGCACCGAUGGUUGUAGCGCCAGUAGUAGUGAGCUCUAUUGGUGAUAUGGAUGAAGAAUCGACCAAUGUUUCACCAUCGGGUUCGAAUGGUUUAACCAAAAUCGAAUCAGCAAGUGACAAAAAUUUAUCCAGUAAACAAGAUUCACUUCCGACUCCAGCGGGAUUGAAAAGUUCUAGUGACUUUGUGAAUGAAAAAGACGCUACAUCAUCAACUAUAAACACACCAAAUCAAUCAAGUGUAAUUGGAUCAGCACCAAGUAUUAAUAGAUCAUCACAAAGAGCAAAAAGUGAUAAUGUUAACUCAACACCAACUCGAAAACUUUCGAGCUCCUCACAAUCAACUAAAUCAAAUUCUGAUGAAUUUGAUUCAGUGUUUAAUUUUGCUUCAUUCAACCAAUUCUUUAUGCCAAUUGAAUCAGAAUCGUUACCUUCACCCUCAGUUACCAAAUCAACCGACCAUCAAUCAUCGGUGGUCAAUCUAAAUGGCCAAUCAACAAAAGUGCCGAAAUUUCCAUUGGGUACUUCAGCUCCAAUAACUUCAAAAUCUAAAGAGACCAAAAUGUCCCCAAGUGUAACUGAUACCAGGUCGAAACCUUUAUCUUCGAUCUCUAGUGUUUCUGAAUUGAAUAGUUCGCCAAGUGUUGUGCCAUCUUCGACUCUAUUUCCAGCAGAUUCACUGAAACCUUCGAAUCUAAAGUUAGGUACAUCAGAAUCUAAUCGAGUAUCUAAACUUUCUCCUACCAUGGAUACUUUGGAAUCUGAUUCGAAGAGACCAAUGACAACCACAAGUUCAAUUGACACGGGAAAAUUAACGACACCAAAGCAAUCGAUGGAAAGUCCGCUUUCAGGAGAAAAAGCUUCAUCAUCAAAUUUACAAGAAGAACAAUUAAACGAUCAAAUCGUUGAUUCCACAAUAAUGGCUGGUGCUUUAUCCGCAGCAUCAGGAAUGGUUAUAGCAAAUGCACCCAACGUCGCAAUGUCAUCACCGCAAUCAUCAAGUUUGGUUGCUGAAUCUUUGAAUCUAUCGAAUGAUAAAUCCAAAGGAUCAGUUGCUACAAAAAACGAUAGUAAAUUAGAUUUUCAAAAAUCGAAAAAUGAGCAAUCAUUGCCUAUUAAGAAUACAAGCAAUCUAAUGAAUAGUAACCCAACUGUAGUUGAAGAAUCAAAUGGAGCACUGGAUAAACUAAACAAAGCUUCACCGAAAAACUUUGAUGGUACGAUUUCACCUUCCAAAGAAAAUCAAGUGCCCAAAACCCCGAAACCAUCUGAGAUACUUGCAUCAGAAUCGAACCAACCAGAUGCGAAUGUUGAACUGAACGUUGCAUCAUUAAAUACGUUUGUUGUGCCCAUCGAAACCCAGGAAUCGAGUGUUAAAAAUGUGAAUGCUUCAGUUCCUAACGAUAUAAACAGCAAGUCUGACAAAAUAAAAGACUCGUUGCUUGAUUCAGUCAGAUCGACUUCAGAUUCGAACGAUAGAUCAUUAGAGCAGGAUAACGUUGCAGAAAAUGGUUCGAAAGAGAAUACAAAACAAAAUGAUGGAAAAAUUCAUCAUUUGUUGGGCGUAAAAGGAUCCAUGGAUAAAUCUGAUAACGAUAAGAAUGAUGAUUCAGUUCCAUCGUCUUCUUUAUAUAUUCAACCCAUAGUAACACCAAUCGUAUCAACACCAUUGAUCGUUUCUACCACUGAUCUCGAUUCAAAGGAUCAAGAGACCAUAGACAAAUCACCAUCAACAUUAACCGCAAAUGAUUCCGAUAAAAGUGAAACUUCAAGUGAUAAGCAAAAAGAUUCAACUACUGAUGCAAUUAAAGCCGAUCUAGUCUCGAAUGAUAAGUCGUUAGAAAAAGUUAACAAUAUGAGUACCAAUUCUACUUCUGUGAAAUCCACAGGAGAUGAAGUGAAAGAUUCGGACAGACAGAAAUCUACUUCUGAAGAAGAUUCUGGAAGAUCUUCUGAUCGUAAAAAGACACCAGAGAAAAUCCAAAAUGAGACAUCGCAACAAAAUUCUCAAAGUAUUGAUUCUACGAUAAAUUCUGGUAUUCUAGCAUCAGGAAUACUCCUGGAAAAUGAAUCACCGAUCAUCGCAUCACCUUCUUCGAGUCCAAUGUCAACACAAAAAACUACGAAAAAAGCUUCUGAAAAUGUGAACGACAACGCAAAUGUGACCGGAAUGAAAUCAACAAAUGAUAAAUUUACUAAUAUUCCAGCUGAAAAUAUGACAACGAAGUCUUCCAAUUCUUCCGAGUUAUCGAGUGAAAGUGGAUCCAUGGAUCAAUCUGAUAAUAACCAAGAUGAAGAAUCAGUUCCAUCAUCAUCUCUACAUAUUCAACCCAUAGUAACACCAAUAAUAUCAUCACCAUUGAUCGUUUCAACUACUGAUCUCGAUUCUACCGAUCAAGAGUCCAUAGAUAAAUCACCAUCAACAUCGACCACCUCUGAUAAAUCUGAAACUUCAAGUAAUAAGAAAAAAGACUCAACUACUGAUGCAAUCAAAACAGAUCAAGUCUCGAAUGAUAAGUCGUUGGAGCAAAGAAACAAUGUUACAACGAAAGGAUCGAAAAACGGAGAUAAAACACAAAAUGAAACACAGAAUAGAACAAUAGAAGAUUCAAUGAAAAUUUCCGAUAACCAUUUGGUGUCAGCACCAGAAAAGAAUCAAACUCUACAACCUGAUUCGGAUCAACCAGAUUCUGAUGUAGUGUUUAAUGUCGGCUCUCUAAAUACAGUUAUUGUUCCCGGUGGAAUAGACAGUGUCAAAGGUGUGAAUGUAGAAAAGGGCAACGAUAUGAGUACCAACUCUACUUCUGUGAAAUCCACAGGAGAUAAAGUGAAUGAUUCGGACAGACAGAAAUCUACUUCUGAAGAAGAUUUUGAAAGAUCUUUUGAUCGUAAAAAGACACCAGAGAAAACCAAAAGUGAAACAUCGCAACAAAAUUCUCAAAGUAUUGAUUCUACGAUAAAUUCUGGUAUUCUAGCAUCAGGAAUACUACUAGAAAAUGGAUCACCGAUCAUCGCAUCACCUUCUUCGAGUCCAAUGUCGACACAAAAUACUGCAAAAAACGCUUCUGAAUAUGUGAACGACAUCUCAAAUGUGACCGGAAUCAAAUCAACAAAUGAUAAAUUUUCUAAUAUUCCAACAGAAAAUUCUGAUACUAAAUCUGCAAAUUCACAGUUAUCCAGUGUAAAUGGAUCCCUGAAUAAAUAUGAUAACGAUAAGAAUGAAGAAUCAGUUCCAUCUUCAUCCCUACAUAUUCAACCCAUAGUAUCACCAAUUGUAUCAACUCCAUUGAUUGUUUCUACCACUGAUCUCGAUUCUACCAACGAAAAGAUUAUUGAUAAAUCGCCAUCAAAAUUACCUAUUACAAAAGAUUCUGAUAAAAUUGAUUCGAUGAUCGCUAAUCAAGGACCAGAUGAAUUGGAUCUCAAAAAAAUACCAGAAGCUUCUGAACGAAUGAUAGAAAACAGCACAAGAAUAGGUGGAUCAACAAUUUCUUCCAAAUCAAACGAAAAACCUCAAAUUUCUGAAUCGAUACAAUUUUCGAAUUCAACUUUGAACCAAUUAGAGUCAAGAGCAUCUACAAAUGUCGCAUCACUUAAUCAACUUGUCGUUCCAAUUGAAAUUGAAGGAUCGCCAGGUAUUGGCAAUGAGACGAACAAUUCAAAAUCUUCAACGAAAACUAAUUCGUCAAUAGCCAAUCUAUCACCAACAUCCAUUCAAUCAGUGACAACAAACCAAACGACUUUACAGUCACUUAUCAAAGAUUCGGAUAAAAGAAACAAAGAAAAUUCUAUAGUUUCAAGUUCUAUGGUCGAUGUUACUCCAAUUCAAUCGAGUUUAUCACAGAUAAUUCAAACAGAAUCAACGAGCCCGAAGACGAAUGAAUCGCUAAAUCCAGAAAAAGCAGACCGAACGCUAAUUCUAUCAAGUGAGCUUGACACAAUCGACACCACAAAGCCCGACAAAGCAGAAAUUUACAACAACAAGACCUCAACUCUACCGGAAGUAAGUAAAACAACAUCGGCAUCGAAUGUCAGAGGUUCCUCUCCUUCUGUACAAGCAUCGGGCCCAACAAGGAAACAGAACAAGUCAAUAACUCAAACUACUCCGAAAAUGAUAUCUACCUCUUCAUUUCCCUUAUAUUCAACAAGAAAUCUGACCGCAGCACCUUCAUUACCCACAACAACAUCAGCACCAUUAUCAACAUCAACCACAACUUCGAAAUCUAAAACAAAAGCUAAAGUAACAAAUCCUUUCUCAUAUCAAUUCAACUAUCCAUUUGGCUUACAGUUUAAUAAUCCAAUUCAGCCAACAACUUCUGUACCAUUGAAAAAUGUUCAAUCGUAUUCAGAGAAAACUGCCACACCGACUAAUCAGAAAACGGUGACAACUCCAUUGUUGAAGAUGACAACACCUUCUCUAGAUGUGUCAGUAACAGAAUCACCGAUAGCAAACUCAGAAUCCACCGAUAAAACUCUUACUGUGUUUAGCACCGAUUCUUCGUCCCCACAAUCAUCCGUGCCUCUUAAGAACUCAACAAACGACUCACCGAAUAUUUCAACUUCUACUUUCAUAGCUACACCUUCAUUCACAUCUCUGAGUUUAGAACAAAAUAAGCAAAAUUCUGCUGUGGAAAAAGGUAAAGAUGACAUGAGUGUUUCAACUCUAGAAAUUAGUCAAAUACCACAAUUUUCAAGUGAAUCUCAUACAAAAAAUACCAAUUCGAGUAGAAUAGAGAUGAGUGGCUCGAAUAAAAGUUCAUCGGAUGAAAUAAAUUCGAAAUUUAAAGCGAAUGGAUCAAUAAGUGAUGUGCCGAAUGGAGUACCGGAAGGUUCGAGCCCAAAAAGCGGUAUAGACGCCAUUUUACCAACAGAUAAUCAAGGCUCAUCAGAAAUUCACCAACCUGAUUCGAAUCAGUCAGAAUUGAGUUUAGAAUCGAACGUUGCUUCGUUAAAUACGUUCGUUGUGCCCAUAGAAACCCAAGAGUCAUCUACGAGUGUCAAAGAUGUUAAUGGAUCACCUCCUAACGAUACUCAAAUUUCAAUCUCUCAAGCAAAAACUUCAAGGAAAGAAAUCAAAGAUUCGUCUCUUGCUUCGGUCAAAUCGACUUCAGAUUCGAAUGUUUCUAAUAUUCCAACUGAAAAUAUGAAAACGAAGUCUUCCAAUUCUUCCGAGUUAUCGAGUGCAAGUGGAUCCAUGGAUCAAUCUGAUAACAAUGAAGAUAAAGAUUCAGUUUCAUCAUCAUCUCUACAUAUUCAACCCAUAGUAACACCAAUUGUAUCAACACCAUUGAUCGUUUCUACCACUGAUCUCGAUUCUACCGAUCAAGAGUCCAUAGAUAAAUCACCAUCAACAUCGAUGACAAAAGGUUCCGAUAAAAGUGAAACUUCAAGUAAUAAGAAAAAAGAUUCAACUACUGAUGCAAUCAAAACAGGUCUAGUCUCGAAUGAUGUGAAGUUGGAGCAAAGAAACAAUGUUACAACGAAAGGAUCGAAAAACGAAGAUAAAACACAAAAUGAAACACAGAAUAAAACAAUAGAAGAUUCAAUGAAAAACUCUGAUAAGCAUUUGGUGUCACCGCCAGAAAAGAAUCAAACUCUACAACCUGAUUCGGAUCAACCAGAUUCUGAUGUAGUGUUUAAUGUCGGCUCUUUGAAUACAGUUAUUGUUCCUAAUGAAACCAACCGUGUCAAAGGUGUGAAUGUAGAAAAGGGCAACGAAAUGAGUACCAACUCAACUUCUCUGAAAUCUAAUGGAGGCAAUUCGGAAACUCAUUCGAUUAUGAAUAACUCGACCUCAGAAGAAACGAAUACAGAGGACGAAGAAAAUUGUGAUGAGUCUACCGAUGAAGAAACGACAACAAUCGGUGCAAUCGAAACUCAUCAACCGACUAAAGUUUCAGAACAAAAAGAUCAAAAAGGUUCUUCGAAUGUUCAACCAUCGCAACAAAAUUCUCAAACUAUCGGUUCUACAAUAAAUUCUGGUAUUCUAGCAUCAGGAAUACUUCUGGAAAAUGAAUCACCUUCUUUGAGUCAAAUGUCGACAAGUAAUUUGCAAAAAGCUCCUGUGAGUGAAAACAAUAAUUCGACCAUGACCGGAAUGAACUCAACAAUUGAUAAAGUUCCUAAUAUUCCUACGGAAAAUACUGAUAUGAAAUCUUCAAAUUCUUCCGAGUUAUCGCUUGUAAAUGGAUCCAUAGAUAACAAUCAAGACAGAGAUUCAGUUCCAUCGUCAUCUCUACAUAUUCAACCCAUAGUAACACCAAUAGUGUCAACACCAUUGGUGUUAUCUACGUCACCAUCAGAGAUUUCAAGAGAAGCAUCUGAUAACAAUGAGAGUACCUAUGCAUUAGAUCAGAAUCAAGACAACUUAGGAUCAGAAACUGCAGCUAAAUCCGAUAUUGUUACUGAUUCGGUCAACAACUCAUCCAAAUCCACAAACUCAAAGCCAGAGUUUAAAGCAAAUGAUACAUUGAAUAAAACUCCAAAAGAUUCAGAUAAGUCGAAAACUCUACAAUCUGAUUCAAAUAAAGCACUUAAUGUUGCAUCUCUAACUACGUUUGUUUCACCAGAACAAACUGAAGGACCGUCGAUAAGUGUCGAGAAUGUAACAAAAUCUCCUGCAGCAGAGACUUCAAAUGACAAGGGCAAAUUUUCAGCCCCUGAUGCGAUCAAGCCAGAUUUAAUUUCGCACGAUAAGUCGUUAGAGAAAGUUAACGUUACAACAGAAGGAUUGGAAAAAGAAAAUACAAAGAAAAAUGAUACAGAGAACGAGACAACUGAAGAUUCAACGGAAAAUGUAAAUAAUCAUUUGAUUUCAACAUCGAAAAAUAAUCAGAGUCAAGUAUCAAAUUCUAUGAAAGAUUCAAACCAACCAGACUCGGAUGUAGAACUGAACAUUGCAUCAUUAAAUACAUUUGUUGUGCCCACAGAAACCCAAGAGUCAUCUACAAGUGUCAAAGAUGUUAAUGGAUCACUUCCUAACGAUACUCAAAUUUCAAACUCUCAAGCAAAAACUACAAGUGACGUAGUAAAAGAUUCACCACUUGAUUCUGUUAAAUCGACUUCAAAUAAUAAGCCAUUAGAGCAAAUCAACACUACCAAGAAAAAAUCGACAAUAGAAAAUACAAAGCAAAAUGAUACACAGAAUAAAACAACUGAAAGUUCAAUGAAAUAUUCCGACAGCCAUUUGGUCUCAGCACCAGGAAACAAUAAAGAAGAGAGAGCAGAGAAAACUCUACAACCUGCUUCGAAUCAAUCAGACUCUGGUGUAGUGUUUAAUGUCGACUCUUUAAAUACAUUUAUCGUUCCUGAUAAAGUCAAAGGUUCGUCUAAUAUGGUCAAAGAUGUGAACAACAAUGAAUCAACACCAAACAAUACGAGUACAAUUGUUGUUUCCGGUGGAAUAGACAGUGUCAAAGGUGUAAAUGUAGAAAAAGAAAACGAUAUGAGUACCAAUUCCUCUUCUGUGAAAUCCACAGGAGAUAAAGUGAAAGAUUCGGACAGACAGAAAUCUACUUCUGAAGAAGAUGCUGGAAGAUCUUCUGAUCGUGAAAAGACACCAGAGAAAACCAAAAGUGAAACAUCGCAACAAAAUUCUCAAAGUAUUGAUUCUACGAUAAAUUCUGGUAUUCUAGCAUCAGGAAUACUCCUUGAAAAUGAAUCACCGAUCAUCGCAUCCCCUUCAUCGAGUCCAAUGUCGACACAAAAACUGCGAAAAAAAUGUCUGAAAAUUGCAAAUGGGUCCAUGGAUCAAUCUGAUAACAAUGAAGAUAAAGAUUCAGUUCCAUCAUCAUCUCUAAACAUUCAACCCAUAGUAACACCAAUAAUAUCAUCACCAUUGAUCAUUUCUACCACUGAUCUCGAUUCUACCGAUCAAGAGUCCAUAGAUAAAUCACCAUCAACAUCGACCACCUCCGACAAAAGUGAAACUUCAAGUAAUAAGAAAAAAGACUCAACUACUGAUGCAAUCAAAACAGGUCUAGUCUCGAAUGAUAAUUCGUUGGAGCAAAGAAACAAUGUUACAACGAAAGGAUCGAAAAACGAAGAUAAAACACAAAAUGAAACACAGAAUAGAACAAUAGAAGAUUCAGUGAAAAACUUCGAUAACCAUUUGGUCUCAGCACCAGAAAAGAAUCAAACUCUAAAACCUGAUUCGGAUCAACCAGAUUCUGAUGUAGUGUUUAAUGUCGGCUCUCUAAAUACAGUUAUCGUUCCUGAUGAAGUCAAAGGUUCGUCGAAUAUGGUCAAAGAUGUGAAUAAAACAACACCAAACAAUACGAGUCCUAAUACAGAAAAAAUUAGAACUAAUAAUACUUCAUCACUAGAGCUCUCGAGAAAAUUAGCAAAAAAUAACACGAUUAUGAAUGAAUCAGGAAUGACAGUAUCAGAUGCUAAUAAGUCACAGAAAUCCGCAAUAUCAUCACUUCCAAUCAGGUCUGAUUCUAAUCAAUCAGACUCAACCACAGUACUAAACGGAAUAUCACUUAGUCAUUUCAUCACACCAGAACUCCCAACGAAUGGGUCGAAAAUCUCAUCAGCUAAAUUGUCCACUGAUCAAUCGCCUACGGUCACGGUGUCAGGUAAAGAUAAAGGUAAGUCGAACUCAGAAACAAAUGAUUUUGGAGCCAAUCAAUCAGAAAUAGAAACAUCUAAAUCAGCAUUCGAUAACAAUUCGAGUCUUGAACAAUCAUCUGAUUCAGUGUCUUUAAAUGCUCAACCCAAAAUCUCACCAAUAAUAGUACCACAAAUUGACACAAAUACUGAAGCAGUUAAUCAAGAAUCAGUAUUAGUCUCACCAAAAACAUUGACUUCUAAUGGGUUGAAAAAUUUCCAACCAUUUAUAAGUGUCGAUAAUGCAAAUAUUUCUAAAGUUAUUCCUGAGGCCAAAAGUGACAACAAUACAAACCAGUCACUGAUAACUGAAUCAUCAGGAAAUUCAUCAGAAAAUAAGAUCACAAGUAAUUCAAUUCUCACCAGUUUGGAAACCACACAGCCACAAUUUACCAGCGAGUCACAAAUUGUUCAGCUUGACACUUACAAUCCAGACUCGAUUCCUUUGAAUGGUAAAACAUCCAAUCAAACUGAAUCGGUCAACAAACCACAGGAAGUUAAGGUAUCGAAUGUUAAUCAACCAGAAACUCGUCGAGAGUCAAUCGAUAGCGGGUCAACAAUCGCCCCAUCAAUAGAUUUUGAUGAAAGUAAAAAAGCUUCGAUGAAUUCGGAAUCGCCAAUUAAUAUGUUAGAUAAUUUGAAUUCCCUGAAAAAUGUUGAUAGUAAUUCAACUAACGAUUCAACGAAAACAGUAGUGGCUUCAUCGCCCGUUAGAUCAAUUGACCUACAAAACUCAAAGUCUAGCGACCAAACAGUAGACGCAACAUUAGCUACAAGUGCAUUGACAUCGACCUUGACCAAUGGUCAACCUGUUGUUGAAAAAGAAUUGAAAAAUCAACAGAAAAGCUCAAGUGAUUUGGACAAUCGAACAGCUAAACAACAAAAACAACCUAUAAGUGAAACCGAAAACAAUGAAAAUGUUCAAUCGACUAUUGUUAUAUCGUCUGUACCAACGGAAAACUCGAGUGUAAUUGAGAAGAAACCAAUGAUUGAAGCAAAUGAAACGUCAGAGACUUCGAAAAACAAAGACCAAAAUCAUGUUGUUUCAACAUUGGAAAUUAAUCAAGUACCACAAUUUUCGAGUGAAUCUCAUACAAUUAACUUCGAUUUGAGUGGAAAAGAUUCACCUUCAUCGUCAACUACCAAGAAAAAAUCGACAAUAGAAAAUACAAAGAAAAAUGAUACACAGAAUAAAACAACUGAAGAUUCAAUGAAAAACUUCGAUAACCAUUUGGUCUCAGCACCAGAAAAGAAUCAAACUCUACAACCUGAUUCGAAUCAAUCAGACUCUGGUGCAGUGUUUAAUGUCGGCUCUCUAAAUAUAGUUACUGUUCCUGAUGAGAUUAAAGGUGCGUCAAUUAUGGUUAAAGAUGUAAAUGAAUCAACACCAAACAAUACGAGUUCUAAUACAGACAAAACAAGUACAGUUACUGUUCCCGGUGGAAUAGACAGUGUCAAAGGUGUAAAUGUAGAAAAAGACAACGAUAUGAGUACCAAUUCCUCUUCUGUGAAAUCCACAGGAGAUAAAGUGAAAGAUUCGGACAGACAUAAAUCUACUUCUGAAGAAGAUUCUGGAAGAUCUUCUGAUCGUAAAAAGACACUGGAGAAAAUCCAAAAUGAAACAUCGAAACAAAAUUCUCAAAUUAUUGAUUCUACGAUAAAUUCUGGUAUUCUAGCAUCAGGAAUACUACUAGAAAAUGGAUCACCGAUCAUCGCAUCACCUUCUUCGAGUCCAAUGUCGACACAAAAAACUGCGAAAAAAAUGUCUGAAAAUGUGAACGACAACUCAAAUGUGACCGGAAUGAAAUCAACAAAUGAUAAAUUUUCUAAUAUUCCAACUGAAAAUAUGACAACGAAGUCUUCCAAUUCUUCAAAUGCUUCCGAGUUAUCGAGUGAAAGUGGACCCACGGAUCAAUCUGAUAACAAUGAAGAUAAAGAUUCAGUUCCAUCAUCAUCUCUAAACAUUCAACCCAUAGUAACACCAAUAAUAUCAUCACCAUUGAUCAUUUCUACCACUGAUCUCGAUUCUACCGAUCAAGAGUCCAUAGAUAAAUCACCAUCAAAAUUAAUCGCAAAAGAUUCCGAUAAAACUAAAACUUCAAUUGACAAGAAAAAAGAUUCAACUAAUGAUGCAAUUAAUCUAGUUCGAACGAUAGGUCGUUAGAAAAAGUAAACGUUACUACAAAAGGAUUGAAAAACGACACAGAGAAAGAUGGCAUUCAGAAUAAAACGAUAAAAGAUUCAAUAAAAGGCCCCGAUUAUCAUUUGGUAUCAGUCUCAGAAAAUAAUACAGCAUUCGCACCUGAUUCGAAUCAAUCAGACUCUGGAGUAGUGUUUAAUGUCGGCUCUCUAAAUACAGUUAUUGUUCCUGAUGAAACCAACCGAGUCAAAGAUGUUAAUGCAGAGAAAGACAACGAAAUGAGAACCAACUCAACUUCAUUGAAAUCUACAGGAAAUUCGGAGACUCAUCCGAUUAUGAAUAACUCUACCUCGGAAGAAACGCCUACAGAGGAUGAAGAAAAUUGUGAUGAAUCUGCCGAUGAAGAAACGACAACAAUCAGUGCAAUAGAAACUCAUCAACCAACUAAAGUUACAGAACAAAAAGAUCAAAGUGGUUCGUCCAAUGUUCAAACAUCACAACAAAAUUCUCAAACUAUCGGUUCUUCAAUAAAUUCUGGUAUUCUAGCAUCAGAAUUAAACAUUCAAGGUAUUGAUUCCUCUGCAACAAAAUCGAUGGGUUUUAGUUCAUCAAAUAAUCAAUCAGAUGUUCCACAUUCAGAUAAAUCAGUUAUCGUUACUAAUACACAUCCGGUAAUUGUCACUUCACCAUCUGAACAUCCAGAGCAGGAAAAUAAAAAUCAAUCUCACCAUCAAGAGCUGAUAAAUAAUCAUGAUGAUGAUCACGACGAAUCAGAUGAGCCAUGUGACCUGGAAGAAGAGGAAGAUGAAACAACGACGAUAAUCACAUCAGAACCAUUUACCACAGAGUCGACAAUCCGUUCAGAUGAAAUUAAUCCACAAAAUUUGGCUCACAAUUCAUUGAACACUCAACUAUUACAAUCAAGUAUUCAAAUUGAUCAAAUCAAAAUGAUUCCAGAAACUGAUUCAUUCAAGAAACAUUUAACUGAUUCACACGACGAACAUGUUGCUUCAGAUCAUUCAAAUCAUUCGGAGGCUAAAUCGUUCCCAGGUCAAAAAUUCAUUAAACAAUGUGCAUGUAAACGGAUAAGAGUCAAAGACGAUAAAAGAUGAAGGACAAAGUAACAAAGUUCGAUAACUGAAUUUAACUUCGGCAAUCAUUGGAUAAUAUUAAGAAAUAAAAAUCUAUUUUAUUCACACUAA